GUUGUCCUCUACCCACAUGCUCCGCGCCGCUCGCCGCCUCGCAGUUCGCGUUCCUCGCGGCUUCCGCCCCCCAAGCCGCGGCCUCGCCGAUGACGCAGCAGCCAAGGGAGGACCCAUCCCCACCAAGCUCACCUUCAACCUCCUUGCUCCUCACAAGGCCAUCUUCAACAAGGCCGAGGUCGACCAGGUCAUCGUCCCAGGGGCCGACGGUAUGUUCGGCGUCCUGCCAGGGCACGUUCCCACCAUCGCUGAGCUCCGUCCUGGCAUGGUUGAGGUUACCGUCGCGUCUGGAGACGUGAAGAAGUACUUCCUUAGCAGCGGCUUCGCUUUUGUGCACGCUAACUCCACCCUGGAUGUGUGCGGGGUGGAGAUUGUACAGCUCGAUGAACUGGAUCCGUCGGCCGUGUCCUCUGGCAAGAGCGAGGCCGAAAAUGCUCUUAGCUCAGCAACAGAUGAGGUUGAGAAGGCAAAGGCACAGAUAGCAGUUGACGUGUAUACAACUCUCACAGAAGCGCUUGCUUCUAACAAGUAAUUCAUAGUCUAUUUGUGUUAUGGCAUGGGAACACACUUGGGAAUGCACAUUCUCGCAAGUUGCGCUUUCUGCUGAUGUUUUUUUAUGGAGAAAGGGCUAUCGUUCAGGAUGAGGAAGCAAGUUUUUGGAGCAUGACUGACCACUUCCUUGGACAUGCGACAUGAACAUGCAAGGGGCAUUCAACCAGGUUGGCAUCUCAUCAGGGGCUUGUUGCUUCGAAGAAGAAAACUCUCAUUAAAU